AUGAAAUUUCAAUUCUUGUCGAUUGUCAUUGCUGUUGUGAUGGUUGUGGUUCUGGUGGUCGUAGACUCGACCGUACUCGCCGGAAAGACCAAAGACAACAACAAACUUUCAGCUCAAUUGGAUGCCCAAUUUGAACAAAUACUCAAAUCUGACAUUACAAAGCUUUCCUAUGCUGAUCAACAAAAAGCACUUCAAGAACAUGUCAAACAAAUUAACAAGUUGACGAAAAAUCAAAAAGACCUUCAUCUCGCUUGGCAAUCAUUGGAUCGUUUGGAACAAAAGAUUAAAAAAGAAUAUGUCGAAAAUAACAGACAGGUUAUUGUGGCUCAAGCAAAGGUCACUAAAGCUUGUAAACUUGUUGAAUAUUACAAAAUUUUACUCAAGAGAUUACAAAUGGAAAUUCUCAAGAUCAGACUCUCCUCUUCAAAGAAGACUAAAUUGACAAGAUAUUACACUAAAUUGAUUAAAAAGUACAAGAUGGAAAUGGAGAAGGCCUAUGAAAUUUAUCAGUCAUCUGUCAAAGUCUCAAAACAAGUCUAUGAAGAAUAUGUCGUUGUGGCCAAGAAACUCUCAAAACAAAUUGAAAACAUUAGACUUCAAAUUUCAAUUAUUGAACUCAUGAAACAAAAAGUAUACUCCACCCAAAGCUUAGAAGUUGAACUCUCUUCCAUGAUUGAAGAAUGGGAACAAAUUAUUCAUCAAGAAGAAGUGACUCAUAUUCAUGAACAAGAAAAAUGUCAAUGUGCCAUUGAAUAUAAUCCUGUGUGUGGUGUGAAUGGUCUCACUUACAACUCGGCUUGUACUGCAAGAUGUGCCAAUGUGGAUAUUCAUUAUCAUGGAGCUUGUAAAUGUCUUCCUCAAGAAGUGAUUAUCAUGAAGGAGAGUACGAGUUCAAUCUCUCAGAGCACUGCUUCUAUUUAA